AUGGCCCCACGCAGAGACGGUCGUCCCAACAGCCCGCGCAAGCCGAGCACGGCACGGAACACUCGUCAGGACUGGACGCCGCUGCUGCGCGCAGAGCUCGUGCACCUCCACCUCAAUGUCUUCCGCUGCCACUGGAGCAUCAUCUCCCACCGCAUCGGCCGGUCCGCGGUAGCAUGCCGCAUCAGGUUCCAUCGAGAGAUGCGAGAGCAGGGGUACAUGACCCUGCCGCAGGUGGCGGCGAGGAGGUACGCACGACUGCGCGAAGAGGCCAUGCUGGCGGCGUUUGAGCGCAUGACGGUGGCGGGUACCAUGGCCGUCGGGAACCUGCUCAACCCCAUGUAG